AUGGCGACGUUUCCAUUGAUUCAGCGUGCGCGUACCUCAAUGCUUUCUUCAUCGUUCAAGCUUCGGACAUUCCUCAUCCAUGGCAACCUCUACACCCAAACCCUAACUUCGAAAUCUCUAAGCACCUCUGCGCUUCCAAACGACUGUCAAAGAUUCCCUUCCCACCAACACCAACCACAACCACCUUCUGAUCCUACACACUUUCAGGGUCAACAAUGGCAACAACAUCAGCCUCAACAUUUCAACCCUCAGACCAAUCAAUUUCCUAACCAAAACCAUCAACAGUAUCGUCAACACAAUGUUCCUCCUCCAUUUCCAGAGCAUGGCCAAAACCGUAAUCAGUGGAAUCCUCAAUCCCCAACCCCUCAGAACCCCAAUUUUCAAAAUCUCAACUUUCGCCCACCCACUUCCCCCAAUCGAUGGAACAAUCAAAACCCUGCUACCCCCAACCAGUGGAACCCUAGGACUCAGGGGUUCCCAAACCCUAACCAAUUCCAAAACCCUAAUAACCAGCUGAACAACAAUGAAGCCUUUAUUCAAGGACAAGCCUCCCCUUCUCCUCCACCACCUCCUCCUUCAAUCACUGAUUUGACACGUUUGUGCGAAGAGGGGAAAGUUAAAGAAGCAAUAGAGUUGAUGGACAAAGGGGUCAAAGCUGAUGCUUGUUGCUUUGACCUUCUGUUUGACUUGUGUGGCCGAUCCAAGUCCCUUGAGGAGGCUAAGAAGGCCCAUGACCACUUCCUACAAUCCUCUUUUAGGAGUGAUCUCAACCUGAACAACAAGGUGAUUGAAAUGUAUGGGAAUUGUAAAAGCAUGACUGAUGCACGUAGGGUGUUCGAUCAUAUGCCAAACAGGAAUAUGGAUUCUUGGCUCUUGAUGAUGAGGGGUUACGCAAAUAACACCAAUGGAGAUGAUGCCUUGCAGUUGUUUGAGCAGAUGAAUGAGCUGGGUUUGGAGAUCACUUCAGAGACUUUGCUUGCAGUGUUGUCAGCUUGUGCCAGUGCAGAGUCUGUGGAGGAUGCUUACCUUCAUUUUGAGUCUAUGAAAACGAAGUAUGGAAUAGAACCUGGGGUGGAGCACUACAUGGGGCUUUUGGAUGUUCUUGGACAAUCUGCAUAUCUCAAGGAAGCGGAGGAGUUUAUUGACAAGUUGCCAUUUGAGCCCACCGUAACCGUAUGGGAGAAACUGAAGCAUUAUGCUCGUGUUCAUGGAGACGUUGAUCUUGAAGACUAUGUUGAAGAGUUGAUUGUUAGUCUUGACCCAUCAAAGGUUGUUGCCAAUAAGAUUCCUACGCCACCUCCGAAGAAGUAUACUGCAAUUAGCAUGCUUGAUGGCAGGAACCGAAUUAUUGAGUAUAAGAAUCCUACUCUUUACAAGGAUGAUGAAAAGUUGAAGGCCUUGAGUGGGAUGAAAGAUGCGGGGUAUGUUCCUGAUACAAGAUAUGUUCUUCAUGACAUUGAUCAGGAAGCAAAGGAGCAAGCCCUGCUGUACCACAGUGAACGUCUAGCAAUUGCCUAUGGUCUUAUUAGUACUCCGCCAAGAACACCUCUUAGAAUCAUCAAAAACCUUCGUGUCUGUGGUGACUGCCACAAUGCCAUCAAGAUCAUGUCCAGGAUUGUUGGGAGGGAAUUAAUUGUCAGAGACAACAAGAGGUUUCAUCAUUUCAAGGAUGGAAAAUGCUCUUGUGGGGAUUACUGGUGA